CAGUUUUGAUUGCAGAUAAGUGGGCUCGUAUUGGGCCGGUUUCAAAAAAUCAUAGCAUCAGUAGAUCCAUGAAUUUCCAAAUCCAUGAAUUUCCAAAUCCAUGAUUUCACCAUCACCCAACAAAGAUUUGGAGAAGAACAUACACCAAGGGUAUAGCAACUACCAACACAAGAAAUUCAGUCACAAAACACAACUCAACACUUUUUUUCCACUGAUUACUGCUCAGAAUCCUUAAAAAGGGUAUAUAAAGAGAGAGAAGAAAAUAUGGAGGUUGGGUUUCUGGGUUUGGGAAUAAUGGGCAAAGCUAUGGCAAUGAAUCUACUGCGAAAUGGUUUCAAGGUUACUGUUUGGAAUAGGACUCUUUCAAAGUGUGAUGAACUUGUUAAACAUGGAGCUACCGUUGGAGAGACGCCAGCUGCUGUAGUUAGGAAGUGCAAGUAUACGAUCGCGAUGUUGUCGGACCCUUCAGCUGCCACAUCGGUUGCUUUCGACAAAAAUGGAGUCCUUGAAGCAAUAUGCAAUGGAAAAGGUUAUAUUGAUAUGUCAACUGUAGAUGCAGAAACGUCCAUAAAGAUCAAUGAGGGAGUUGCAUCCAAGGGCGGGCGUUUUCUGGAAGCUCCAGUUUCUGGUAGCAAAAAGCCAGCUGAAGAUGGUCAAUUGAUUAUCCUUGCUGCAGGAGAGAAGGGCCUCUAUGAUGAAGCAAUUCCAAUAUUUGAUGUAUUGGGGAAGAAGUCUUUCUUCUUGGGACAAGUUGGAAACGGGGCUAAAAUGAAGCUUGUGGUCAACAUGAUAAUGGGAAGUAUGAUGAAUGCAUUUUCGGAAGGGCUGGAAUUGGCUGACAGUAGUGGACUUGACCCUCAUACGCUUCUCGAUGUGUUGGAUUUGGGAGCCAUGGCUAAUCCAAUGUUCAAACUGAAAGGACCUUCAAUGCUUCAAAGUAAAUACACCCCUGCGUUUCCUCUCAAGCAUCAACAGAAGGAUAUGAGAUUGGCACUUGCCCUUGGAGAUGAAAAUGCUGUUUCAAUGCCAGUAGCAGCUGCCGCAAAUGAGGCGUUCAAGAAGGCAAGAAGCAUGGGGCUUGGAGACGAAGACUUUUCAGCCGUUCAUGAAGCCGUGAAGUGUCCUAAACAUACUUGAACACGCAAAUCACAAACGUGUACUAUCUAGGGCUGGUAUAUUUCAGUGUGAUCUUUCCGCCUUACAUGUAUUGCCCUCAACAGUAGCAUAACAAGGACAGAUUCUAGAAUAAUACAAGCCUUAUCAAUUAGUGGUUCUAUAAUUCCCUUAUAUUUCAGAUUUCCUGUCUUUAUCUAA